CGGACACCGGAUCUGGUCCGGAAUUCCGGACCUCAACCUUUCUCUAUAUAUAUGUACAUACAUAUUGCCUCAACAACAACUUUUCUCACUUUGUCUUCGUGUCUUCUUCUCUUUCGUCUCCUUUUCCUUUUUAGUUGUUGUGUCCAAUUGGAGUUCAUGCAGAUCCACAGGACUUUUGUGCUCUUCCUCGCUCUGUCCUCUCUCAUCUAUCCUCUUUCAGCCUCAUCUCGACACGCUAAAGAAAACCGCCGUGAAACACGUCAAGCUGAAAUAGCUUUGAUGGAAGAAAGUGAGAGGGUGCCAAAUGAUCUAGGAGCAGGAGAAGAGUUUGGGAUAAUAUGGAAGGGAAGGGGAAGAAUGGAUAUGGAGACGAAUGAUUAUCAAAGCAGUGCUCCCAACAACAAACAUGACAACUUUGAUAUUCCUCCUCCUGAAGGAAGUAAUUGACGUAAUUGAACAAUUCAAUAUAUGUGUAUUGAAAAUAUACACGUGUUAUUGAAUUGUGUAUGUGAGGUUGGAUGAAUAAUGUAUACUCUAUACAAUAUGCCAGAGAUGAAUACCAUUUAUGAUUUAUCUAUGUUGUAUUGUUAGGCUAACCGCAACUCUCUCCGUCAAUAAAUUCAUUUUUCCAUCACUUUAUACGUAUUUAGUCAAUUUCAGUUUUUUCCUGUAACCCAGCACCGU